ACAACGCAAGGCCCGUCCCUCACCUGCUCGUACUGUUGUGAAUCGUAUAUUUCUCCUUUUUAAUCGAAUUCUGUAUCAUCAAUCAUUAUUUCUGAUAUUCGUAAACGCCGAAGGACCACAGUGCUGCGUGAUCUCCGUCGAGAGAUGUGGGAGUUCUACGUCUUACAUAUUUCUUCGUUAUAGAAAUCGAUCGUCUGUUGUUUUCAUGACGUCACAUGCAUGACCUUCAUUCUGGACUGAGAACACGACAGAAAAUAUGUGGCUGCAGGACUUUCUAACCGGCAACUGGCAAACAGUGUAAUUGCGGACUUGUAUUUACUCGAAAGCACGUCUCCACCAUGGGCUUCGGCAGGCGGUGCGGGUGCUGGGCCCUCAGCGAGCUCGAGUUGGAGAGGUCGAGGCAUCAGGCAACCCUCGAGGAGAACACGAGAUACCAGCGACACAUACAGGAUCUCCGUGACGAGUUGUCGACCAUGCACGCUACGGUGGCCGACCUGGAACGCCGGUAUUCUGAUCUCUCAGCCCGAUACCGUGGCACUGUGGCGUCUCUGGAUGAGGUAAACGACACCACACUACGACUGAAAGACCACUCGUCCGAUCUCACCGACGAAAACCGACGACUUCGGUUGAACUGCGAGAAACUACAGGAAGAGGCCCGAAGUCUCCGAGAACAGCUGCAGAACGCCCUUGCCGACGCUGAGGACGAGCACCGACGUCGGGUCUCGAGCGAAGUGUCCCUCUCCCGAGACCUCGCCGACACCGAACGCAAAUUCACCAUUAAACUCCGUCGGGCCAAUUCCCUACAUGACAUGGACAAAGUACACCUCCGUCAGGACCUCGAUCGCCUGUACCACGCCCUCAAACGGGAGAAGUACACGAACAAGUACUGGCGGGACUAUCGUCACCAUUAUUACUGUGGUCAUCAUGACUGCGUCGAUUGUGUGUACGAUCCCAUGUUGUUGGACUGAGGACAUGGAAGACGCAAGGGAUUUUUUUUUUCAUUUAAUUUAUUUAUUUCUUCGGAUAUGGCCCUUCUCUUUGUUUAUUUUGAGGCUUGGUUAUGUCCGAUUCUCAAUGGUCUUUCUUUAUUUUCUGAUGUUUGGUGUUCGAUUAUGAAAGGAAAAUACUAUGUGAGUUUUGAUUAUUAUAUGCAACGUUUAUUAUUCGAAUUAGUAAUAAAUCACGUUCACACACACA